GGCUGGUCCCCAUUCCUCUCUCCCCAGUGUUGAGUGUCUGAGCCGUUGGCUGCUCCGAACCGUUUGGCUCUUUCCCUUAGUAACAGCUUUUACCUUCUGCCUCAAUUCCUCUCCCCGCUCGCGCCCUUCCCCCGCGCGCCGCCUCCCCCCGCCGCCGGCCGCGUGCGCCCCCGCCCCUCCCCCCGCGGCGGGAGCACCUCCGCUCGCCACCUGGGGACCCGCGCCGCGCUCCCCGCCCCCGCCCGCCCGGCGCCCAUCCCCCGCGCCCUCCGCUCGCCGGGGUUAUAAUUGCCUCUCACCCCCCGGAGGGGUUAUUUUGGGGGUGGUUGGAGGUGGCGGCGGCGGCGAGGAGGGGAAUUUCCUUGUGUCUCCAUUCCCGGGAGGGGGGAGCGGCGUCGGAGGCCACGGUUUCCAGCAUCAGCAACAGCAAUUUGUGAUUGGCAGUACCAGACAUUCAGUUGUACAUCCCCACAUCAAUGCACUGCCAAUGAUGAGGAAACUGAGGGCUUGGACUAGAACAGAGGUCUCCUGACUCAGUCCAGGACUCUUUCUAUUACAUCAUGCUGCCUGAUGUUUGUUUAUGGAACUCGGCAACAUCACGUACAGGGGUUAUAUCCUGUGUUGUGACCUCAUGGUUUAAGUGGGAAUAAAGAUGAGUAUAAGCAGUGAUGAGGUCAACUUCUUGGUAUAUAGAUACUUGCAAGAGUCAGGAUUUUCUCAUUCAGCGUUCACCUUUGGUAUAGAAAGCCAUAUCAGUCAGUCUAACAUAAAUGGUGCCCUCGUCCCGCCUGCUGCAUUGAUUUCUAUCAUCCAGAAAGGUCUCCAGUAUGUAGAGGCAGAAGUUAGUAUUAAUGAGGAUGGUACCUUGUUUGAUGGUCGACCAAUAGAGUCUCUGUCACUGAUAGAUGCCGUAAUGCCUGAUGUAGUACAAACAAGACAACAAGCUUACAGAGAUAAACUUGCACAGCAACAAGCAGCAGCUGCUGCAGCUGCCGCAGCUGCAACAAACCAACAAGGAUCUGCAAAAAAUGGAGAAAACACGGCAAAUGGGGAGGAGAAUGGAGCACAUACUAUAGCAAAUAAUCAUACUGAUAUGAUGGAAGUGGAUGGGGAUGUUGAAAUCCCUCCUAAUAAAGCAGUUGUGUUACGGGGCCAUGAGUCUGAAGUUUUCAUCUGUGCCUGGAACCCCGUUAGUGAUCUGUUGGCAUCAGGGUCUGGAGACUCAACAGCAAGAAUAUGGAAUCUUAGUGAAAAUAGCACUAGUGGCUCCACACAGUUAGUACUUAGACAUUGUAUACGAGAAGGAGGGCAAGAUGUCCCAAGCAACAAGGAUGUGACGUCUCUAGAUUGGAAUAGUGAAGGUACACUUCUAGCAACUGGUUCCUACGAUGGGUUUGCCAGAAUAUGGACUAAAGAUGGUAACCUUGCUAGCACCUUGGGGCAGCAUAAAGGCCCUAUAUUUGCAUUAAAAUGGAAUAAGAAAGGAAAUUUCAUCCUAAGUGCUGGAGUAGACAAGACUACAAUUAUUUGGGAUGCACAUACUGGUGAAGCCAAACAACAGUUUCCUUUUCAUUCAGCGCCAGCAUUGGAUGUUGACUGGCAGAGCAACAACACCUUUGCUUCUUGUAGUACAGAUAUGUGCAUUCAUGUCUGUAAGUUAGGACAAGACAGACCUAUUAAAACAUUCCAGGGACACACGAAUGAAGUAAAUGCUAUCAAAUGGGACCCAACUGGCAAUCUCCUGGCAUCCUGUUCUGAUGACAUGACUUUAAAGAUAUGGAGUAUGAAACAAGACAACUGUGUCCAUGAUUUACAAGCACAUAAUAAAGAAAUUUAUACUAUCAAGUGGAGUCCAACAGGGCCAGGGACAAAUAAUCCAAAUGCCAACCUCAUGUUAGCAAGUGCAUCCUUUGAUUCUACUGUUAGAUUAUGGGAUGUAGACCGAGGAAUUUGCAUCCAUACUCUGACAAAACACCAAGAGCCUGUGUACAGUGUAGCUUUCAGUCCUGAUGGCAGGUAUCUGGCGAGUGGUUCUUUUGACAAAUGUGUGCACAUCUGGAACACACAGACAGGUGCUCUAGUUCACAGCUAUAGGGGAACAGGUGGAAUUUUUGAAGUUUGUUGGAAUGCAGCAGGAGACAAGGUUGGAGCCAGUGCAUCAGAUGGUUCAGUUUGUGUAUUAGACCUUCGGAAAUAGCGCUACUAGUUGGAAGCCAUGGACCGACUAUGAAUGUGUAUAUAGCCAAAAUGACUGUCCCCGACCCAAGUACUGCUAUAGUCCCACUUGAACCAUGGCCAGUCCACUACAGCCAAAUCUAAGAGAAAUAUAUACAUACAGUGUAUAUAAACAAAAUUGCACCCUGAAGAUGACAGAAUUUUGUCACAGCUUGUGAAUUCUGUUCACCAAGUGCUGGAAUCUAAUCUGCUGUGCCCCUAAAAUAGCAUUUAGAAGUUUUGGAUAUGAAAAACAGAAGAGAGAAAAAAAUAAGCGUUAUAAAAGCAGCCCAUACAUGUACGAGUUUUUGGAUACUAAUGACAGCCUUGUUUCUCCCCUUUGAAUCAGCAGACACCAUGGAUUAUAUUCUUUUUUCCCUUCAGUAGUUUAGCAGUUUGUAUGUACAGAGAAAAUGGACUUACAAAAACUUGCAGCAGUAGUUUGUUCUUGCUUUUAAACUUUGUUUUUGGUUUAGUUUAUGGAUGCAUGAAGUAAGGGAGUGAAUCAGUUUCUUGUUUAUAUUUUUUUCACCUUUUAAACAAAAAAUUCUUAAAAAUAUUUUAAUGCAUUCUUUUGAAGAGAUAGAUGUUUGGUACAUUUAUGGCUCCCAGAGCAUAUAUUCGAUUGGUGCAUGUUGUAGAAGGGGGAAUUGGAAAUUAAAUGGAACUAUAUGACUUUGGUCAUGUCAAUCUGUAAGACACAUCAGUAAAAGGGUAUUAUGCUCUGUUUUUUGUUUUUGCUUUUGCUUUGUGUUUUUGUUGUGAGGUUUUUUUUUUUUUUCUCUUUGUUUUUUUUGUUUUGUUUUUUGGUGAUGUGGCUUAAAUGCAAUAGUUUCUUUUUUGGGACAUAUUUCUGCCAAUUAAAGACUAGAAGGGCACAAAAAAUUUUUUAAUACCAUAGAGAAGAUGCAUAAAAAAAAAAUCUUCUGAUGUCUUGUAGCCAUAACUAAAUUAUGGUUAAAAUGUGCACUAUUGUGAAAAGGAGCAAAGUAGGUUUGAGGUUUUUUUGUUGUUUGUUUAUUUGUUUCUUUUGCUUUGUUUUUUAAGAGAUUAAAAUGUUUCUGGAUAAGGAUUAGCUUCUCAAAGUGUCCAUCAUUCUGUGUAGAAGCUUAAAUAUGUAAUGUAACCAAACUCCAGUAUUAAAAAUCUCUCAUGUUAUUUUUCUUUUUACAAAGCAAGAUAACAACAUAUAACACUGCCAUUACAUGGCAAAAUGUUUGCUACCUUAGUUUAAAAACAAUCUUUAAAACAAAAGACUUGCUUCAAGGUGUUUUCACAUAGCGGUGGUUCAAAAUUUUUUAAAAAGGUAUAAUUGCACUAACUUCCCUGCUGCUCUAAUUCUGCAUUUGUGGUACUUGUGACUACAUUUUUUCAAAUAAUAGAUAGAUUUAAGCUGCUAUGUUUCGUUUUUUCAGUAAUCACUACUAUAUCAUGUCUUUUACUCUGUUUAUAAUAUCACGUAUUUUCUUAAAGGUAUAGGUAUCAGAUCAAAAACCUCCUGUGCUCAUGCAACUAAAAGUUAAACUAUACAGAAUCUACAAAUGAUAGCAUGGGGCUAUGUUUAUAUGUGUGAUUAACAGGGUUUGUCAUGAUUAAUGUAAUAAUCCAGAAGUGUCGAUUUUGAAGAGAAUAGUUGUCAAAUUUAUGUCUCAAAGAUUUUAAUUAAGGAAUAUCAUUUAUUAUCAAGCUUGGCAAAUUUAUAACACUGUCACUAAUUAUUUUGAAGCUUUUACUGCUAAAAUUUUAACCUAUGUUUUAAGUUUAAGUAGAAACUGAUUUAACCCAAGUAAUGCAGCUUUGAUUUUCAGCAUUUGUUGUUUUGCUAUUUUUACAAAACAGCAUUGAUUGAAGCAAGUCUUGGUUUUACUAAGGUAGGAUAGCAUUUGCUAUUGGUAAAGAGAAUAAAUACACUUAAUUUCACAAUACAUUGUUUUAUGUGUACCCCAGUUGUUGUUAGUGGGGACUAUGAUACUGUAAUAAUAUUUUUUAAAAUUUACAUCCAGAGAGGCAGUCAUUCAUGAUGGUUUUGUGCCAGCUGUUUUUAGGGUUUUCGAUCACAUUAUAGAUAUUUAGAACUAUUACCCUGUGACUUACGUAGGAAACCUAAUACGCUGAGUAUCUGGCACUUGAAAUCCUGCUUUUAUUGCUGGAGGUCCACAUCUGUGGUUGACCUCUGUUGUUGUUUUAAAAAAGUAAAUAAAAUUUUAAAAAUCUGUGCAAUAAUUUUUAAAUGUGCUCCCAGGAAUAGACACAAAUGUUUUGAGUAUGUUUAAGCUGCAUUUUCCUUUAGCGAUGCAUUUGUCAAUUGCACUGAAUUUAAAUCUGAAAGUCAGAGGUGAUUAUUGAUAGUACUUUUUGUAUUUUGAUAUGGACAGUUUAUUCAUUUGCAUACAGUUAUUGACUUUUUUUCCCCAGCUGAUUAAAAGAUAGUCAUGAAGUUCUGCAGUAUAGCUGCCAAAAUAGACAGCUACAUGUUUAUGGUGUUGUCAUCUUCUCUGUUUUUUGGGGGGUUUUUUUGUUGUUGUUUUUUUAUCUUUAGCUAUUUUACUUAAGCAUAAUAGCCACAAUAGGACAUAUAAAAGAUUAUAAAUACAGAGCUUUAUUAUCCUGAAGUCUUGGGUCUUUUAAGUAUAAACUAUCAGAAAGGUAUCCAUUUUGUAGGCUUGGGUUCUUUGUGAGCAUACAGUUAUUUCUUUUUGCUGCUGUUCUCACCAUCAUCAUUGCCUGCUGAUGUGCCACGAUGCUGCUCCAGUAGACAUAAAUAAGAUUGCCUCUAAUUUGAGCAGUAACAUGAUUAUAAGAGACCAAGUUUCACAGCCUGUAAAGUUCUAUUUUUGAGGUUCUUGCUUAUUUUUCCUUCCUUUUUUUUUUUUUCUCUCUAAGAACUUAUCUGAAGAUCUACUGAUUCCAGUAGAUUUUCUGUGGUAUUCAUUAUAUAUCAUUGUUGUAUAGGCUACUGUAAGAAACUUAUAAGGAAAAAUAGAAAGGAAAACUUGAAUGAAUAGAAUACUCAUUGAUUAAAAUAGAAUAAGGAAAGAGCAGCUGUCACUCUUAAACAUCGUAAAGGAAUAUCUUUUUUCUUCUCCAUGUAGGAAAUCCCCUAAGUUCUUAAUAUUUGUUCCAUUCCCAAUUUCCUGUCAUUGAUCAGGUACCAUCAUUGACUUUCAAGUGACUUUUAGAAGUGGUUAACUUUUAAUUUCCUAAUAGGUCUUAGAGUGUAUUGAAUUCUGUUUUAAUUAGUUAUUCUCUAGGUAAGUAUGUUUUAGGAUUAAACACCUUUUACAGAUACUGAAAGUGCCUCCUUUUGUGGUGUAAAAAACAAAUUAUGGUGCAAAAAGUAAUCAUUAGAUUGAAUUACAUGAAGGUUUUUUGCUUUUUGACAUAUAAAAAUGUCAAGAGAAAGGCCAAAGAUUUGUACUUUUUCACUUAACUUAUAAAGCACUCCUUUUUUCCUUAAACUUAUUUCUGUCAAAUUAGAUUUAAUGAGAGAGUACUAUUUUUAAGGAGCUAUCUGUUUAUGUAGAAUGAUUUUGUUAAGAGUAAUGUAAACUAUUAUUGAGUAGAGGCCUGAAGAGGAGUAUGCAUUUUUGCUGUUUAAAGGACUCACAAGUGACCAUUCUUAUGUCAGCAAAAAUGUUAAGUUUUACUAGAUAAGUAGAAAAAAUAAAUCUCAAAUGCAGUGCUAUUUACUCUUUUCAAACAGUUUUCAUUUUCUUAAGCACAUUGUACAUUUCUAUAGAACCCGCAUUUAUUCUCACAUGCUAAGGACGGUACUUGCAUUUGGUGAAUUACUGUUGACAGUUUCCACAGAAAUCCUAUUUCAGUGGACCAACAUUGUGGCAUGGCAGCAAAUGCCAACAUUUUGGGGAAUAGCAGCAAAUCUACAAGAGACCCUGGUUGGUUUUUUGUUUGUUUGUUUGUUUGUUUUCUUCUGAAUCAGCAGGGACGGAAGGGGAGUUAGGGAAGUUAUGAAUUACUCCUUCCUGUAAUAGCUCUGACGUGUCACGUUCAAUAUCAGUUUUUUUUUUUAAAAACGUGAUUCUAACUAAAUGUAGAAGAGAGAGCAAAAAAAAAAAAAAAGAGAAAGUGUUCACUUUUUUAAUACACUGAUUUAGAAAUUUGAUGUCUUAUAUCAGUAGUUCUGAAGUAUUAAUAGCAUUCUUUAUUUCCGCCUUUACGUUGACAGUGUUGAAGCAGGGUGAAUAACUAGGGCAUAUUUUUUUUUCUAGUAAGCUGUUUCAUGAUGUUUUCUUUGGAGUUUCUGGAUAAGUUGAAGAAAACAUUCUGCAUGUUGUAUCUAGUCUAAUGUACUUUUCCAUCUCAUUAAAAACAAAAACAGACAGACUGCAUUCUGUAGCUCUGUAAUCCCUAAAUACAGAAGUAAUUUUCUUCUUUCCUGACUUUGACAUUGUAGCUAUAAUGUUCUAAUUUUGAUUUUUACAAAUCCUUUGGGUCUAAUUCUGUGAGCCUACUUAUAGCACUGGAUUAAAAUGUCUGCAUCAUUUCUUUAGUUAUCCAGUUAACUUUAAAACUGUUGUACAAGUGUAAACCAGCCCAUGACAGUUUUUUGUACAUGUUAAAGAACUUUAUUGUUCAGUUUUCAUGAUUAUUGUGUAAGGAAGACUGAUAUAGAUGUUCUAUGCUGUCCUGGACCAUGUUAAUUACACUUAUGAUGUAUUUUGGUUCCACAUCACAAUGAUUUGUCCCCAAUGACCCUUUUCUCCUUUCUAGGCACAUUUUUUGUUGUUGUUGUUGUUGCAGUUUCCCUUUGCAUUGUAUUGCUUUGACAACUGUAAUUUGAAUCAGAUCUGAAAGAGGUCCAGAAUAAAAUAUAUUUUGAUAUUA